GUUUCCUCCAUAAAAAUUACCAUAAAAGCAUCAAAAUCAAAUUAAAGUAAGGAUUACAUGACUUUCGGAACGUGUCACAGAAUUCUCGCCUUCUACGAAUAUGGCAUCGCGCGUCAGCAUUGGCAGUCUUACCUCUACACCAUCCUAUAUAAAUUCCCUUCUUUUUCGGUCACCUGUUAAGAUUUCAAACCCAUCAUUGCAAAACGGUUCAAUCAUGCGUCCCAAAACCGUUCUAGUAACAGGCGGCGCCGGUUACAUCGGCAGCCACACCGUUCUUCAGCUUUUGCUCGGCGGUUUCAAGGCUGUCGUCGUCGACAACCUCGACAAUUCCUCCGAAGUCGCCAUCAACAGAGUCAGGGAGCUCGCCGGUGAAUUUGGGAAUAACCUUUCCUUUCACAAGGUAGACCUCCGAGACAGAGCUGCACUAGAUCAAAUUUUUGCUUCCGCACAGUUUGAUGCUGUCAUACAUUUUGCUGGACUGAAAGCAGUUGGUGAAAGUGUGCAGAAACCGUUACUCUACUACAACAAUAACUUGAUCGGGACAAUAACUCUAUUGGAAGUCAUGGCUGCCCAUGGAUGCAAGAAGCUUGUGUUCUCAUCUUCAGCCACUGUAUAUGGUUGGCCUAAGGAGGUUCCAUGUACAGAAGAGUUCCCUCUGUCAGCAAUGAACCCAUAUGGACAAACUAAGCUUAUCAUCGAAGAAAUUUGUCGCGAUGUCCACCGUGCAGAGCCAGAAUGGAAUAUAAUAUUGUUGAGAUACUUCAACCCUGUGGGUGCACACCCUAGUGGUUAUAUUGGGGAGGAUCCUCGCGGAAUUCCAAACAAUCUCAUGCCAUUUGUUCAGCAAGUAGCAGUUGGCAGACGGCCUGCAUUGACAGUUUUUGGAAAUGAUUAUAAUACAGUUGAUGGCACUGGGGUUCGCGAUUACAUUCAUGUUGUUGAUUUAGCAGAUGGGCACAUUGCUGCAUUGCUUAAACUAGAUGAAUCUAAUAUAGGUUGUGAGGUUUAUAACUUGGGAACAGGAAAGGGAACAUCAGUUUUGGAGAUGGUUAGAGCUUUUGAAGAGGCCUCGGGAAAGAAAAUUCCACUGGUGAUGGCUGGCCGGAGACCUGGUGAUGCUGAAAUUGUUUAUGCAUCAACGGAGAAAGCAGAAAGAGAACUUAAGUGGAAGGCAAAAUAUGGCAUUGUUGAGAUGUGCCGUGAUCAAUGGAAUUGGGCUAGCAAAAACCCCUAUGGUUAUGGGGACUCCGCCGAUUAACGUUGAUAAUUAUUAAAUAUACUAUAUGUAUAAUUCUCUUUUGGGUUCUUUUAUGAACUCUGUCACACCAUAGGUCUUGUGAAUUUAGUUUUACCUAAACUUUUUUUUUAGCGAUUUAAAGAUGUCAAAGUACUUAAGUUAUUAUGAUUUCUAGGUACAUGGUAAAUACGUAGCGGUUUACUUCACUGUAAUUUAAAGGUUCUCUAGGUUCCGCCUUAAGGGCUAUUGGUUAUUACUUAUUAAAUAAGGAAUCUCUCAUGUGGAACAUGAUAGUGUCCUCUUUUGUAAAGUUUUACCUGAAGCUUUUUUUUAGCGAUUUUAAGGUGUCUUUAAGUUAUUAUGAUUUCUAGGUACAUGGUAAAUAAGUAGUGGUUUACUUUACUGUAAUUUAAAGGUUCUCUAGGUUCCGCCUUACAGGCUAUUGGUUAUUAGAUAAGGAAUCAC